AAAUUCCAAGGAAGGUGUACGAAGACAUUGUACGAACGGUGGUUUUUUGUGACUUGCUUGGAAAGUUGAUGUGUUGAGUAAAAGCUUGAUGAAAUUAUCACACAGUCAUGAAUGGAGAUUAUGCAACAUGAGGGCAGUGGUAUAUUUUUUGUCCCUGACUCUGGGUCAGUUGAUAUUCCUUAUUGGAUUUCUAUCCUGGGACCGAGUGACCUCCAAGAGAGACACAAUUGACUUCCUUCCACAAGAUGAAACAAGUAGUGCAAGGCAUGUGAAGCGUGUAGUCUUGAUGGUGAUAGAUGCCUUACGAUUGGACUUUGUGAUUCCUUUCCAUGGAGCAAUGCCUUUUACAGAAGACAUGCUCAGAAAAGGACAAGGCAUUUCCUUCAUGGCUGAAGCUGCUAUUCCCACUGUAACCUUACCCAGGAUAAAAGCCCUGGCAACUGGUGACAUCCCAGGAUAUGUGGAUGUGAUUAUGAAUUUUGCCAGUCCAGAACUCAAGCAAGAAAAUGUUUUCACUUCUGCAUUAAAGCACAGAAAUAUGCUUGUAUUCUAUGGCGAUGACACCUGGAUGUAUUUGUUCCCACAUCACUUCACUCGCAGUGAAGGCACCAAGUCCUUCUUUGUCAGUGACUUUACUCAGGUUGAUGAAAAUGUGACUCGACACUUGAGUGCAGAAUUGGCUGCGAAAGACUGGGAUAUUCUAAUCCUACAUUACCUUGGACUAGACCACAUUGGCCAUGCUCAUGGUGCCAGAUCCCCACUCAUGGGAGACAAACUUUUGGAAAUGGAUCAUGUCAUCCAGAAAAUCUUUACUGGACUCAAAGAGGAAGCAGGGGGAUAUCCUUCAAUGUUGAUUGUCUGUGGUGAUCAUGGAAUGAGUGAAAGUGGAAGCCAUGGAGGCUCUUCUCAUCCUGAGAUUCAAACUCCUCUCAUCUUUCUCAGCCCCAGCAUUUCCUUCAAUUGGUAUAUAUCCAAGAAAUCAUUACACUGUUUCCAAUUAGUAUCAUGCAUAAAUUUCAGAUUUGAUCAUAGGUCUGCAAGCAACAUGGGAGAGGUGAAGCAGAUUGACUUAGCUCCAACAUUGGCUUCUUUGAUGGGAUUGCCAAUUCCAUAUGGAAGUCGAGGGAAGGUCAUUCAUUCAGUCCUUCCUCACCUCACUUCCCAUCAGAGACUCCUUGUGUUGCAUAGGAACCUUGUUCAGCUUGCAAUGCUCUUUGAAAACCUCCUUGGCACUGUCCCUUGGUCUGUGAAGCAUCUUGUGGAGAGAAAUGAGUCAUGGUUCUGGAACAUUUCUCUGGACUCCAAAGCUGCAUUGCAAGAAGAGAACACUCUUGUGUCUGGGAUUGAGGUUUUGCAAAAAGACCUGCUCCAUUUAAGUGGGAAGUAUGAUGCUUCAUCAAUGCUUGUUGGAAUUGUCAUCCUGCUCCUGUGCUUCAUGGGUGGAAUGCUGCUCUUUCAUGAAUCAUGCAAGACAGCUGUUCCAAAUGCUAGAAUAUGUUCCAAGUACCUGUUCAUAACUGUGCCCUCUCACAUCAUUGUGUGCCUUCUCUCAUCUGGUUGUUUCCUUUGUCAGUUGAGCUUCCUUGGGGUAUUGCUGGUGCUAACAUUGCAUACUGUUGUGUGCCUUCAGUUGGCUUGCAUUUUUGCCAGAUAUGCAGCACUGGGCAACAUGAAGGUAGGAAGGAAUACUACUGGAGAGGGAAACAGAUUGAAACAUCUCAUGAAAGCUAUGCCAUGGUUGCAUGUUAUUACUCUUGGGGGAACAAGCUUCAUUGAAGAAGAACAUCAAACAUGGUAUUUCUUAGCUGCAACCACACUAGUUCUCUUUGCUGUCCAUGCACCCAGGUCUACAUCUCCAGCUGUUAUUUUUUCUCUGGGAAUGUUUGCUCUGGGGAGACGAUGGAACCAGACUGGUGACAAAUGGGUCCAUCUCUCAGACAUUGGUGACUUUCUUUGCCUUCCACAGAGUCACAAUAUCCUCUUGACAGUCAUUCCAUGUGCAUUGGCCAUAUCAACCUUCAUCGUUGUGAUUCCUAGUUGUGAUAUUGUGUCAGGUUUUCUCUUCAGUCUGGGAAUGGUUUUAAUUUGGAAGUUCCAGCUAGCUAAGAGUCAAAAUCUAUCUUCAUCUGGCAGUCAGAGUAUCCUUGAAGCCCAACUUGUGUACUUGAUUGCAAUUGCCCUGAUCCUGAUCUCAGCUUACUGGAUCAUACAAAACCUGGAUGCAUUGAAGGGGUUGGAAGGGAUUCGUAAGGCAAGCAUUCUUGUGUGGCUUUUGCUUGCUAAGUCAUCCAAUGUUCCCUUGAUUGGAGGGGUCAUCAUCCCUUGGGAAUUGGCUUGUAAGCAGGUAUUGAAAUCCAUGCGAUGCCAUGAUCCAUGGCUCCUGUUCCCCAUCUACUGGGUGUGUGCCCUGACAACACAUUUCAUGACUGGAAACUCAAACAGAUUGGACACCAUUGAUAUGGGAGCAGGCUUUAUUGGCAUUACAUCAUACAGUCCCAUCCUUUCUGGACUUUUGUUAACCUUCAACACCUUUGCAGGAUUCAGUUUCUGGCUCAUAUCUGCCACAGUUACUUUCAUCUCAUCACAACAUUCCCUGGUGUCAAAGGAGACAAGUGGGCAUUUCAUCUCCAUGUUAUUGUUUCAUCGGAUUCUUCCAGCAAGUUUUAUCUGCAUUAUGGUUUAUAUCCAAAGAUACCACUUAUUCAUCUGGUCUGUGUUUGCUCCCAAGCUUCUUUACGAUGGCGCUUUCUCUCUAGUCACAACUGCAUUUGCAUUAUUUGCAUACCCUUUAUUCACUGUAUAAUUUUCAAUUGAUAAAUGAAUAAAAGGUGUCAUGUCCUAUCA